AUGGCAUCCUCAUUCGGGAACACCGACCGUCCCAGCACGUCGGCCGCGCAAGACAAUGACAGUGUCAACAAACAUGAAGUUCGAGCCACCAAACGAGUUGCUUCAGCUGCCAAGAGAGAGAUCAAACGAGCUGUCCAUACUGCUGCAGGAUUGUUGUCCUGUCAGACAGAAGAUACAUCCUGCAUAGGUGCUGAUGAUGCAAGUGAUGAUUCCCAGGUACUGGAGGCACACACAACUAAACGUGGGCAGUCAGUGACUGUGGCCACACAGACGGAACCACUGGAACCAUGCCCGUGUAAAACUGUGACUUUGGUGAGUGUGCAGACUGGGACCGAUGACAUCAACAACAGUCAGUUGCUCAGUCAUGAUCAUCCAUAUUGCGUCAGCAGGGACAUUGCUGGUGGAUCCGCCACACUGGCACCUGCAGAUGCAAUGGCCAAAGCACCACCGAGUCCAACACCUGAUGUGUCAAUGCCUGAAGAAGAUGCUUCCAGCUCUGGGGAGAGCAUUCCAGGGACUGAGCCUUCUUCGUCGGACUACAGCCCUACUGAAGAUGACAUUAUACAGAAUGACAGCGAAGACAGCGAGGAUGAUGGAGAACAUUCAGUGGAUGGCGGAGAAGAUCCAGUGUCAGACAAAAAAUAUCUGGUAUCCCAUGCACAACUGAUGAAGCUGUUUUGUGUAUGCAACUUUGCCGGAUGCGGAAAAUGUGUGAUCAGCAGGCCGUACUGUUCAGCCAAAGGCUUUGGACUGACAGUGAAAACUGACUGCAUAGAUGGCCAUGAGUUUGUGUGGACUUCUCAACCCCUCUUAAAUGGCACAAUGUCCUGCAACCUGUUAGUGCCAGCCGCGAUUUUCCUGACUGAAAAUGCUUAUGGCCCAUUUUCUGAGAUAUGCCAGUGUCUGGGCCUGGAAUCACUCUCGACAAGACACUGCUAUAACAUCCAGAGAGUGUAUGUGCUGCCGGAAGUUACCAGUGUCUGGAACUUGCACAAUGAGGCAGUGAUGGCAGCAACUGGCGAUCAGGUUGUCACUGUGUCAGGCGAUGGGCGAUGUGACAGCCCUGGUCAUUGUGCUACGUUUGGAACGUACACCAUGCUUGAUAUCAACUCAAGGCUCAUCAUUGCCCAGCAGACAGUGAAGGUGACAGAGGUCAAAAAUAGCUACUGGUUGGAGCCUGUUGGACUUGAAAGAUGUAUUUCCAAACUACAGGAUCACAAUGUGACAAUUUCCAUACUAGCCACAGACUGCCACCCUGCAGUGCAGAAGAUGCUACGUGAGGACCACAAGACCAUCAAGCAUGAGUUUGACUUGUGCUGCAGAGCAGGAAUACCGAGCUGA